AUGGCUCGGCUCGACGCCGCUCCGUUGCUCAGCUCCUCCUCACCAGCUCAGGCUGUUCGCCAACGCCAAUCCCAGAACCUCAGCCAGAGGCAGCAUCAGCAGCUUUCCGGAGCUACCGAAACUUCCGCUGCCACGCCCAAUGGCUCUUCCUCGCGCCUCUCGACGGACCGCAAGAAGCGACGAAAGGCCCGGUCUCUGCUGAGACGGUUUGCGCGCUUCUCCGUGCGAAACACUUGGGCCAUUCCCCUGAUGCUGCUCAUCACCUUUGCUGCCGCUUAUGCCGUCAACCCAACCGAGUCCAACCCCGUCAGCCACUUCAUCUUUUUGUCGUACAAGCAGCCGAAUCCAAAGGCCCAUCUCGACCCGACUCUGCCUGUACACUAUGGCAAGGGGCUCUGGGACGUUGCCUUUGUGUCCUUUUACACAGUGGUGCUGUCCUUUACCCGCGAGCUGAUGAUGCAGGAGCUGCUCAUCCCGCUGGGCCGCAUCAACGGCAUUAAGAGCAAGGGCAAGCAGCAGCGCUUCGCCGAGCAAAUGUACACGGCCAUCUACUUUAGCUGCAUGGGCCCGGCGGGUAUUUAUGUUAUGAGCCGCAGCCCCGUCUGGUACUUUAAUACGGCCGGCAUGUACGAGGACUUCCCGCACCGCUCUCACGAGGCUGCCUUCAAGUUCUACUACCUCUUCCAGGCGGCGUAUUGGGCGCAGCAGGGCAUUGUGAUGCUUCUUGGCUUCGAGAAGCCGCGCAAGGACUACAAGGAGCUGGUGGCGCACCAUGUGGUGACGCUGGCGCUCAUUGGGCUGAGCUACCGCUUCCACUUUACACACAUGGGCGUUGCCGUCUACAUUACACAUGACGUUAGCGAUGUGUUUCUUGCGCUGUCAAAGUCGCUUCAUUACAUCGACAGCCCGCUGGUGGUCCCUGUCUACGUCUCCAACAUCAUCGUGUGGUGCUAUCUCCGUCACUACAUCAAUCUUCGCAUCCUCUACUCCGUCCUCACAGAGUUCCGUACCGUGGGCCCCUACGAGCUCAACUGGGAGACGCAGCAGUACAAGUGCUGGAUCUCCAACAUCAUCACCUUUGUCCUGCUGGCCUCGCUGCAGGCCCUCAACCUCUUUUGGCUCUACUGCCUGCUGCGCAGCAUGUACAAGUUUGUCGUCUACCGGAUCAAGAAAGACGACCGAUCCGAGUCGAGUGGGCCAGAGGACAACCAAGAGGCCGAGGCCGAGUCUCUGUUGGAGGGCACUGGCGAUGCCAGGCUCGCCAACGGCUCAUUGUAG